AACCGGUAAAUAUCAUUUCCUAACAGACUUUCAAUGAACUAUUUAGAAUAUACUCAUGUUGAAAGACCGAAUGCGUUAUAAUGUAGAAUAGUAUGUAGAUUUCAAAUAUUCUCUAUUUCAGCUCAAUGCGAUGUUCAAUAAAAAGCACUCUGUACUCAUUCAUUCGAAAUUAUGGAGCGCACCUUUUAAACUUAUUGUCUUGUGCUGUAAUCUGAAAUUAAAUUGUAACUAAUACAAUUUUAACAGUUCCUUAAAUUGGCAGAGCAUACAAGAAGGCAAUACAUAUACGAUACUAUUGGAGCAUUGUCGAAUAUUUUCCAUCACACGCAAGCCGUUACCAGGCAUGAUCAACCGGCCGCGGUAAGGAAUGGCCAGAACCUCCAAAGGGUGCUGCUCAGUGCUUCACCUACGGGAGGACAAUGCACGCUUCUUACUGCUCAUGGUGGUCAUGGUAGCGUACAUGCUUGCGGGAGCGGCGAUAUUCAUGGCAUUAGAACGGGGAAAUGAAAUUAAGGAGAAGGAAAACUAUGAUAAAAAAAUCGAAGAGUUCUAUGCCAAAUAUCCGUCGGUUGACCGGUCGGAUCUGGAUAAAUUGCUCAAAGAACAUUCUCAGGCGGAAUCGGCUGGUCUGAUAGGAAAUAGAAGGCCACGAUGGGAUUUUGCCGGAUCAUUUUACUUCGUAGGGACGGUUGUGUCUACCAUAGGUUUCGGAAUGACGACACCGCGAACAACGGAAGGCAAAGUACUUCUCAUAUUUUACGGUUUCCUUGGUUGCGCCGGGGCGAUUUUGUUCUUCAAUUUAUUCCUUGAGCGAAUCAUCACAUUCCUGGCUUACGUUUUGCGCACUCUUCACAAACGGAAGGUUAAGAGAAGGCUCGGGAUAAACAACAACAACAAGGACAACAGAAGAGCUUCUGGCUCGAUCGACGAGGAGUCUUUAGAUGAAUGGAAACCUCCAGUAUACUGGGUCAUGUUAAUAUUAUUUUUUGGUGCUGUAGUAGUGGCUUGCUCGGCAUCAGCUAUGUAUUUUCCCGUAGAAGAAUGGACCUACUUUGAGGCAAUAUACUUCUGUUUUGUGGCCUUUGCUACUAUUGGGUUUGGUGAUUACGUGACAAGCCAAAAAGCGCACUAUAAGAAUGUGGAACUGUAUAGAUUAGGCAAUUUUGUAUUCAUUGUGAUAGGAUGUUGUUGUAUUUAUAGCCUGUUUAAUGUGAUAUCAAUUGUGAUAAAACAGGCGCUAAAUUGGAUGAUUAAGAAAAUGAACUGUGAUUGUCGCAUGCGGAAAAAACAGCGAGGAAGAAGAAAUGCGAUUACGCCAGGACAUUUGCGACGAAUGAAGGCUAACACAGUUAAAGUCGACCUUAAUCAUGACAGUGACGAAGACAGUGUCAGUGGACGGCGCAAUUCUGGCGAGAUGAUAUCAAUGAGAGAUUUCCUGAAAUCCAACAAUUUUUCGCUGGCACUGAUGCAACAACAACUUUACGAUACGCAACAGAGGGCUCAGGCGGCCCCGGUAAACGGUUUCCAGGGAGGGGUUGGACCUUUGGCAAUUUUAAACAAAAAACUUGGACAAGAGGAUUGUUAGCAUCUGAAUGCAUUAUCUGGGCACUUUAUUUAUAUACGCCGAUUUCAUGAAAUCGGACAUUUGGUUAAACAUGUUGUGUGGAGCGACUACACUUUUGAUUAAUAUAUCGUGUAAAUAUGUAACUUUAUUUGCCGUAUUAUUCAUCGUCAAUGAUCAUUAUUAUUAUUGUAUUUGCUCAAAAUACCGAACGAUGAUGUGCACCGUGUAUAUACACUGAAGUUAGGCGGAUUAAAUGGUUAUAACAUAAUUAAAUGUCCUCUUACUACAACAGGUAAAUUAUAUUGUUGUUGGUUGAAGUGAAGGCGGUAUAAACGUAAUUUUUUAUGAUUCACAUAUCAUAUGCAUGUAUCGUAUGCAUAUAGGUCAUAGCAGAUGUAUAAACGUCCUGUUACUGUCAAAUACUUUAAACUGUGUAUGACUUUCCAUUGAACGUUUAUUCGAUUUCAGUUGUAUGUUUCGGAUACAAAAAUAACAACAUCCGCGAUCGUGAUAUAUUUUAAUAGACCAGUAUUUGAUUGUUAUUUUAUGAUUUAGUUAUUUCUGUGUUUAAAUGUUGUAUGUUUCCAAGUAUCUGCUGCAUAAUGUAUGAUUUUCUUCGAAACUAUCUUCGCACAAAAGCACCACACCUGUUAUCACACAGUAGCUUGUAUAUCUACAUGUUUGGGAAUAUUGGGUUUUGUAUAAUAAAUGCAUUUUAUACCUCGCAUCUUAAGUUUCCAUGUGUUGUUUUGUUUCCAAUCGCGUUAUUAACAUGACUACAAGAUACAUAACGUGCCUUUUCCAUAUAACUUAUUUAUAUCGAUUGCCAUCAAUUGGCGGUUUUCCUUACAGCCACAAACCAUACAGCAGACAUUCAGAAGUAUAAUGAACGAAUUAAUUAAGGAAAGGUAAACACUUGGAUACACAGUUUCCUUUGUCUAUACAUUUUACUAUUGACCGUGCGCAUCACAGUUUGACAUCAGUCCUCGACUAGUAAUUGUAACAAGUUC